CUGCUGGUGAAGGAGCCCAAGAGGUUUAGAGAGGCUUCAAUGAACUGCAAGCUCAGAGGAGGCAACCUGGCCAUGCCCAAAAGCACCAACAUCAACCGUCUCAUGGCAGACUAUGUUAGUCAGGCAGGACUGACAAGAGUGUAUAUAGGAGUGCAGACUCAAACCAAGGGCAUGGACGGGAGCAGUCACGUUUAUGCAGACUCCACCCCUCUGCAGGGUUUUGCAUCUUGGAGCCAAGAGGAGGAGCUACAGCCCAACACAAACUCCAGCUGCGUGGAGCUGCUCAGCACUGGAACGUGGGCUCACGUGGAGUGUGAAGCCACCAUGUUUUUCAUCUGUGAGUUCCCGAAGAGCAGGAGAAGAAGAGGAGGAAGAGAGGCAGCUGCCUCGUCAUCAUCUUGACCUUGACCACUCACUGCACAUGUCAAGACAAGGAUCAGACUCCUGAAAAAAACAUUUAUAUUUCACAUUUCCUGCAAAUAUGCAGACAAUUUCAGUGAUUGAGACUACUGUGUUUGCAUAUUUCACUAAGAACCAUUACCACCAACAAAUCAGUAAAAUUGUUCUAAAAUUAA